GUAACUCCAUCCACUCUAGUUUCGCUGGCUGUCUGGCGGUGACGUUUUGCGUUGCCUGCCCGUGUGUAGUAAACGUUUCUUCACUCCGCAGGCGAUAAAGCGCUUUUCUCACACAAGGCUGUUCUGUCUCUGAAAAAGACAAUGACAUCACGUCCAGACACACAUCCAGCAAGUGCCAAGUGGUACGAGAGGAGGGACUCUGUUUUUAUAGAGUUCUGCGUAGUGGACAGCAAAGAAGUAAAGGUCACUUUUGAUAAAACUAAAUGUGCUUUCAGUUGUGUUGGGGGAACUGACAAUGUGAAACAUGAAAAUGAAAUAGAGCUCUUUGAUGCCAUCGAUCAAAAUGAAUCCAAACACAAACGCACAGACAGAUCUGUGUUGUGCUUUUUGCGGAAAGCAGAACCGGGCAAGUCAUGGCCGAGGUUGACCAAAGAGAAGCCUCAGAGAUGGCUCACUGUUGACUUUAACAACUGGAAAGAGUGGGAGAACGACUCAGAGGAAGAGAUGGGCAACUUUGAUCAAUUUUCAGAUAUGAUGAAUAACAUGGGAGGUGAUGAUUUCCAACCUGAUCUCGAUGGUGACGAUGAUGAGUCUGCAGACAGCGACGAUGAAAAAAUGCCAGACUUGGAAUAGAGGGCCUGAUACUCUGGAAGGAAAGGAAAAGAUCGGCAGACAAAGGAAACGAAUGAAAUUGACACUUUUACACCUUUUUAAAGGCAUGGGGGGGGGGGCGGACUAACGUACUGGGUUGGCAGCCAUAUUUAAAUGCAUAGCCUCUGCUCGAUGCUCCUGUGAAGGUUGACAUGCAUGGUAAUGUACAGAGCAGCUAUCUCCACUUCCAUUUGCUGUACUGCACGUCAGGUAUCUUGCUUUACUGUUAAAUGACCAACGAAGCACACCUUAAUCGAUGGAAAAGCUUGUCCUCAAUUGAGCAAUAUGUGUUGAUCAGAUUGACUACAACAGAAUUGUGGUUUAUGAUUAGUAAAAUCUUUGUCAAAUGUUGUGGUUAUAAGUUGGGUAAAUAGUGUAGUUUCCUCUGUUAAAAAUAAUAAUAAAAUAAAAACAAUUUGUCGGGGUCCCUCUAAACUGCCUUCCAUGUGUCGUGAAUUAGAUGACCAUGAAGCCGGUCUGUUGUUUCUGUAACUUCAAUUUCCUGCUUACAUGUUUCCCUUUGUUUAUUUGAAGUCAUGGCAAACAUGUUUCAUCUGUCCAAUGACCAUCUAAUCGAGUAUUGUAAAUGGAGUUCACUCAUUUGAAUAUCUUAACUGUUCCUCUCUCCAACAUGCACUCAGCCUGCAGGAUUAAGUUGAAAUUAUUUGCAGCGCAGGCUUGAAGCUUGGUUGUGCUUCAGGAUCACAUCUCUGGGUUCUACACACACAGACACACACAAAAUCGAGAACAGAACUUUGUUGGAGAGAUGCAGUGAUGUGUAAUGACCAAAUUCUAUUUGCACUGUCAACAAAAUGUUUGGGGAGACAUGAUGUUGCUUUACAAUGGACGUUCAUUUUUUUGUCUACAUAUUUCUAAUAAACUGUUUAAGAAAUC